UCGAUGGAAGUUAAUGAAUGAAACAUUAGCCAUACGACUGGAUAGUUCCCCGUUUCGCCGUUGCUCGUCUGUGGUCAAGGAUCUGGUUUCAGACACCUGCCGACUGUGGAGCCAAACGGUGUGCUUUUUGGCUCUGUUCGAAUCUGCUGUUUUCAUGAACGGCUGUUCUUGUUCUAAAAGGCAGUGGGAAUGGAUCUGAAAGAACAAAAGUCAGAAAGUAGAUGAUUGCGGCUUGAAGGGAUGCCUGUGUCAUGGGCGCGCAGCACGAUGAGAACAAGCAGACCAGUGGAGAUGAUGAUCCAUCUCGACAGGACUGUGCCAGUAUUGCAGAUGUGUCAGUGGAGGUGGCAACAGUGGACCACACGCUGCAGAAGCUGCGCAGGAAGUACAGGAAGACUAGACGGAAGCCCAAAGGACUCAAGAGGCUGUGGCUCCGUCUGCUGAACAUCCCAUACAUAACUGUAAUCAUCACAGCAGUAGUGUUCGUCGUGGUGGUGAUCAUGUGGUCGCUGCUGUGGGUCUUUAUUUUUCGCAGGGAAAGUAACAGUGGAGCAUAUUUCGCUGGGAUGUUCCGUGUAGCCAAUGUGGAGUUUAUCCCAGAGUACCGGCAAGCAGAGUCGCAUGAGUUUGUGUCCAUGGCAAAUAAAAUCCAGCACGUGGUGAACAAUGUGUACAAAAUGUCCUCAGUUGCGAAACUCUACAAGCAAGCUGUCAUUUCAGACCUCAGUAACAACAACAAGGGUGGCGUGUUGGUGCAUUUCUGGAUGGCUUUUGUGGUCCCUCAACUGAAGAGCUCAGAGAUGUGUGAGGAGUGCUUAGCAGCCAUUUUCAGAGAUUCAGUCCACACCAGCCUGAACAGGUCCUCUGUAGGCUACCUGCUGGGUCUUCCAGUUGACAUAGACUCCAUCCUCAUCAAUGGUGUUCAGCGUUCAGAUUAUUCAUCCAACACAGCAGACUCUCAGUGUGUAGAUAAGAUGUAUGCCAACCUUCCUGGGGUGAUGGUCCCUUUAAGCGUCUUCUCGUCAUGGGGCGGUAUAAAUUGCCAUGUAAAGCUCACUGCAGUCCCUGGCUCUCUGAUCCGCCUCACCAUCACCUCAUUUGUUAUUGAGCCCAGUGACUGCGUGAACGAUGCCCUCACUGUGUAUGACGCUCUGCUGCCCAUGAGAGGGCGCAUUCUGCACAGCCUGUGUGAGCCGGUCUCCAGCGCCGUCUCCAUCGUUUCUACCUCCAAUUUCAUGCUGCUGUCCUUCAGAAUGACCAACGGGAAUAAAAAUUUCAGAGGAUACUUUGAGGCAAUCGCUGAGGAAGUUUGUAUGUCUCAAAUUGAGAGCCAGUUGGAGCCUGGUAUCAGAGAUCGAAUGUACAGCCCCUUCUACCCCAGCAUGCUGCCCCCACAGUGCUCCUGUACCUGGAAGUUUAAGACCCAGAACUCCACUUUAGGAGUUGCACUGCGCUUCCACAACUAUGUCCUGAAACUAAAGGACAUGAAUGGCUGUGACCAAGGCUGGUGGAAGGUCAAUGAAGUCAUUUACUGUGGAAGCUACGUGGGACAUGACACGGUUUUUCGUAUUGCUGACUACAAUCCAGAUGUGGAGUUUCGCUGCAGCUCACGUACUUCUGCUCAGCCUUUCCAGGCAUCUUAUAGCAGCUACAGUAUGAACCAGCCCUGUCCAGAGAGCCAUUUCUUGUGCAACACGGGACUGUGUGUGCAGAAGACUCGACUCUGCGAUGGCCUGGAUGAUUGCCAGGAUGAGAGUGACGAGGUCUUCUGCUCAAGGCCCACGAUGAGCUGUGGUGCCAAUAGUCCCCUGCAUCCUCUGCUAGUAUGCAAUGGAGAGACAGACUGCACGGAUGGAGUCGAUGAACUCAACUGCACUCAUGAAACGACCUGCUCUGCAAUCAGAUAUCAGUGCAAAAGCGGCUCCUGCAUCCUGAAAAAGAACGCAAAGUGUGACGGACUCGAUGACUGUCAGGAUCGCAGUGAUGAGGCCGACUGUUCUUGUGGUCGUCCCUCCCCAUUGACCAGGGUGUUCACGUCAACUGGCUUGGAGCGUAUCGUGGGUGGAGUAAACUCUGCAGAGGGGGAGUGGCCUUGGCAGGUCAGCCUCUAUUUUGAUGGUCACCUGUACUGCGGUGCUUCUGUCCUCUCCACUGAUUGGCUCGUCUCAGCUGCUCACUGCUUCAACAAGCAAAGGCUCUCUGAUCCACGUUACUGGCGCGCCCACCUCGGCAUGCUGACACAAGGCAGUGCCAAAUACGUGGUGGAGAUACAGCGGAUCGUGGUGCACGAGUAUUAUAACGCUCAAAUGUUUGACUACGACAUCGCGCUGCUGCAGCUGAAGAAGCCUUGGCCACCCUCCCUCAGCCCGCUGGUCCAGCCUGUGUGCCUACCGUCCUCCUCCCACACCGUCACCGACAGCCACCGCUGUGUAGUGACUGGGUGGGGAUACCGAACUGAGGAUGACACGGUGCUUUCCUUGGUGCUACAGAAAGCAGAGGUGUCUGUAAUGAGUCAAACGGAGUGUAAGAAGCAAUACGGAAUCAUCUCACCACGCAUGCUGUGUGCUGGAGUCCCCUCAGGAGGGCGGGAUGCCUGCAAGGGAGAUUCGGGUGGCCCUUUGUCAUGUCAGGCACCAGGCGGGGGUCGCUGGUUCCUGAUCGGGAUUGUCAGCUGGGGGUCUGGUUGCGGCAGACCAAACCUACCCGGGGUCUACAGCAGGGUCACAAAGUUCACCUCUUGGAUCUACAGCCAUAUCAGAUGACACAGUGAAACUCAUCCAUUCCCAGCACAAUAUUCCAAAUAAAAACAUCAUUACUGGAUACCUUGUGUCCUGUGUUGUGUAUUUUUUGCAUCCGAUAAUUAAUAGUUUACGGAUGUUAUAAAGUGCCGUUAAUCUCACAUACUGAAUAAAAGCUCACAAUAAGUUUUUGUCCCCUAAGGACCAUCCAAGGGCGCAGCGGCCCAGCCCCAGUUGUAAUACCUCACACGUUUCCCUCAAACACUCUUUUGUCCCACGGAGCUGAACUCCCACAUACACAGCAAGGAAGUUUGCCCACAAUAUCUGUCGCACGGAUGGUUGUGCGGAUUGUACCCUUUCAUAGUGCUCUCAUUGUGCCCGCACUGCAUUCUGGGGCUCCGUGUGACACCUGCCGCCAGGUUCAGGUAAAUGGGAGGCAGUGAAUGCCCGCUGCAUCCGAGCCCCCUCGGGUCAGGUUUCGGUGUGGGGAUUUUUUUC